CGAAAUCUUCGAUAUUUUCUCCUAUUUCUUCGAUUUCUUCUCGCUUCUCUUCGUCUCAGUCGAGUUUCGCAGUGAAUCGCACCGCCCUUUUCCAAAGCCAUUGAAAAUCUGAGAAAUUUUGGAAUGGCUCGUGUUAGAAACGCCGAAGGUGAAUAUGAAUCUACGGCGGCGCGUCCGAGAGAGCCAGUGGAUUCAAGUACCAUGGUCGAGCCUACAGAAGAAACCGGAGAGCAGAGAGAACCAGGGGAUGGUGAACCUGGAAGUGAAACCGUCGGGAUUCAAAUUGAUCUGAUAGAAGAUGCAGCAAUUGAUGCUUCCGAGAGCCAACCUGCAAAAGAAACCGUCGAGUUGGAAAGAGUAACGACAGAAGGAGAGACCGAGGAUUCCGAUAGUCAACCUGCAAAUGAGAGUCUGAUAGAACCUACAAUUGCUCAGGAUACAUAUGAGGAAGAGGAUGAUGUUGCAGGUAAUGCUAGUGAAGAGGAUGAGCAUGGUGAUGUUGGUACUGGUAAAGAUGAUAUAGAGGCUGAAGAGGAUGUUGGUAUAGAGGAGGAGGCUGCUGCUAAAGAUGGUAUAGAGGAGGAGGUUGCUGAAGCUAGUAAGGACGUUGCUGGUAUAACAGCUGAUGAUAAUUAUGAUAAUGAUGAUGAUGAAGAUGAUUCCCAGCCACUUCCGCCAGAGAAGAUGUGCUUAGAUAGUUCAGAAUACACCAAAGGGUGUAAAAUAGGAACUAGGUGUAAAGUGACUGAGACAGUGAACUUGAUAGAGAAAGAGUUUAAAGACGAGGCAAUAUGGUUCAGAAGUCACUCUCAGUUCAAGCAUGUAUUCCACAUGCCUAGGGAGCCAAACCACAUGACUCAAGGCAUGUGGAUGCUUAUGCUGCGCACAGUUGACACAGAUCUUGAGAGGGAGUGUUGGUUUGUGGUUAAUGGAGUACCUAUUAGGUAUUCCAUCAAAGAGCAUGCGUUGCUAACUGGGUUUAAUUGCAAGGAAUACCCGGAGAAGCAUGAGGAAAUGGGGAAUUUGAGGUUUGUGAAGAGAAUCUUCAAAAGGACUGAGAAGAUAAAGGCAUCUGAUGUAUUAGCUAAGUUGAAGGGAAAGAAGAGUUGGAAAGGAGCUGAUAAGAAGAAGUUAGUAGUCUUGUAUUUCUUAUGCAAGAUACUAAAAGCAAGCUCAAAAAGUGAUGGAAACAUAGAAUCCUUUCUCUUAAGGAUUGUUGAUGAUUUGGAUGCAUGUGAGACAUAUCCAUGGGGCAGGUAUUCAUUCUCAGAAUGUAUGAAAGGGAUCCGGAAUAUGAUGAAGAAUUUGAAUGGGUCUGUCAAACCUAAAGCUCAACCUAGCUUUAGUGGAUUCAUUGUACCUUUGGAGAUUCUGGCUUAUGAGGCUAUUCCACAUCUUGGACUGAAAUAUAGAGUACUUGUACGUGCAGCAAAUGACUGUCCAAGGAUGUGCAAGCACAAGUUUAAAGAAUCUGCCAUGAAAGGUAUCCCUUUGGAAGAAAUAUAUCAAGAGCUUGGGACUAGCAAGGAUAUUGACAGCAUAUUGGUACCAGACCAAUAUGAAAAAUCUCUGUUGGCUGGAAUCAUUGAAGAUAAUGUUGAUGAUGGCCUAGGGCAGAUUGAUAUCAUUGUUGACAGUUGGAGAGAGCGUCUAGUAGAAAAGAAGAAAAAGAUAUGGUGGGAAGGAAUGUACCAGCUGGACCAGGCGUCCCGAGAGAUUGGUAAUAAGUUUCUUGAGAAUGAAGACCCUGAGCAACAAGCCCCUGAGCAAGAAGUCCCUGAGAAAGAGAGUUCUAAUAUUGCUAAAGUUGUUGCAUCUCUUGCCUCACUAACAGAGGUGGUGAACAAUGGCUUUCAUGCCAUUGAGGAGAAGUUUAGGGAUAUGGAGAUUAGAGUGAAGACUCUUGAAGUGUCUGUGGCAGCUCAGGGAUAUCAUAGUCCGGUGUUUCCGCCAUAUGGGUCGCCUCUGGAAACACAAUAUGGGACAAGAACUGAUUUUGAGGGUGGGCAGAUGAGUCAAACCAUGGAAUUGGUUUUGUAUAAUCCCAUUUCUCCAACUGUUCCAGAACAAGGUGAUGAGGAGGAGGAAAAGAAUGAGGAGGAGAAAAAGAAUGAGGAAGAGAUGAAAGGAAAAGAGAAGAAGAAGGGCAAGAAGACAAAGAGGAUGUUGCAGCAAGAGGGUGGACCUGUAAUAGCAACCGGACAAAAGCGAACAAGGGCAGCUUCCCAACAUAUUAAGACACCAUUUGUGGAAGUGCAGCCGAAGAGAAGGAGAAAGAAGUAAGAACUAUGGUUGAUGUGUGCUGGUGGUGUAGGAAAAAACUAAAAAAUCUUUUGGACAUGAUUAUUUGUGUUUUGAACAAGUAGGAACUAUUGUUGAUGUUAUUUUGGUUGUACCUGGAGUUAGUACUUGUUAUUUUGGUUAAUUUUAGAUUUCCUACUUUUGGGUA